CCGUAAUUCACCUUUCCACCCGCAGAGGCGCCCUUGAGAGCAUAUUGUAAACCAGAGUAAUCACAUCAUCCUACGACUAGAGGCGCUGCGGCACGAGCGCGCACCCGACGCGCGCCCCCUUUCUCUCCUCACGGCAUUCCAUAGCUGACGCUGAGAGGAGUGAGAGAUGCUACGGAAAUGUUUCCCUCGCCUUCUCUAUACACCAGCAAACCGCGAAAUGUGACUGAAACAUCCUAAACGAAGAGCGUCGAGCAGGUAACGAGGCUGUUGAGAAUAAAACGGCUCUGGUUUGACGUCGACUUGGAUUUUAAUUCGCUUUAGCGGUCAGUCAGUUUGAGGCGCGAUGGCCCUCAAACAAACAGACGAGUGCAAAUAAUUCACGUCAGUGAAUAAACACGGAUGAUGCCUGUGAACCAGGAUGGCUAGAUAUCACGCAACGUUUACAGUAACUCGGAUGGCACACUUUUUGGAUUGUGAAGUGUUGAAGUAAACUCACCCUAAGCAAACUGGAUCUGUCAACAUCCUUAUACUCCAAAGAAUCCUUCCCUCCCGAGCUCAAAAUAUUGAAGACGGACCUCACCUUUGACCUGCUUAAACAAACAGAGGGAAAAUGUGGGCUGCAUCAUAUCUACCCUAAAUAUUAAACCGUGAACUCAUCAACCCGUAACUGUUUAAAAAGUAACUGAUUUUCAGUUAUCUUGGACUGUUUAAGAGCUUUAUAUCAAGAUGUUUACCGCCCUGAAGAAGCUGGUCGGCUCUGAAGCUGUACAGCUGAGGGAUAGAAAUAUUCCCGCAGGCCUGCAGUCCAUGAAUCAGAGUCUACAGAGACGCUUUGCCAAAGGCGUACAAUACAACAGUAAGAGUUUCACGUUUAAUCUAAUAUUACUUGAACAGAGCUUCGGACAGAUCAUUUCUGUAAAAUGUUCAUGUUCUUUUUUACAAAUUGUGUUUAUGACUAAUGUUUGACUUGUUUAUUGCAUUAGGCUAUGGAAUGGGAUAUAUGAUAUUUUGUAGUUAAAUAUAUUCAUUUGGUUAUCAAAAAAGUAGAACCUAUUGUCUUUGACAUAUUCUUCAUUGACUUUUUGUGAGCUUUUUGUAUUGAAAUGAAAAUAAAUAGAUUUUUGUUUUAGGAGGAAAAAAUAGAUAUUUGCGUAAGGCGUAACUUAAUGAUGUAAUACUGUUAUACAAUAAUACAUACUGGAAUGUAGCUAUAUAUAGCUAGCUAAAAUAGCCAUCAUAUUUAAUUACUACAAAGUUUAAGUCAUUAAAACAACAAUAUUUGUAUUGCAGAUAUUUUUACAUCAGAGACUUUAGGAUAUAAUGUUUUUAUAUAAAAUUGCAACAAAUUUCAUGGUCCUAUCUAAUAUUUAUUUUCUUUGUGCAAAAUGACUUAUGACUUGAAGGUAAAGCAUAACAGGACUGUUUUUGUCAGGGUUUGUCUGCAACCAGUAAGAUGGAGCUGUCACGAGGUUGUGUUUUGACAUGCGAUGCUCCAGCAGAAAGCGGUUCCUCAUUGAUUUCGCUGUGGAAACAGCCCUGUGUUAAUAAAAUAUGCAUGAAUGAUACACGAUCACCCACCUACUGGCCUAUUUUUCCAGCUGCUUCUGCUUGGUGGAGUGAAAAUAGUCAUCCGUGGAGACAGGAACACGGGUAAAAGCGCACUUUGGUACCGGCUUCAAGGGAAGAAGUUUUUAGAGGAGUACAUUCCUACCCAGGAGAUCCAGGUCACCAGCAUUCACUGGAACUACAAAACAACAGAUGAUGUAGUGAAGGUUGAAGUCUGGGACGUGGUUGAUAAAGCAGGGAAAGGAAAACGGCGCGGAGAAAAUCUGAAACUGGAAAAUGAACCUCAGGAGUCAGAAACAGACAUGGCCCUUGAUGCAGAGUUCCUGGACGUCUACAAGAACUGUAACGGUGUCAUCCUGAUGUUCGACAUCACCAAACAGUGGACGUUCAACUACAUCCUUAGGGAACUGCCAAAAGUGCCGACACACAUCCCAGUGUGUGUAUUGGGAAACCAGCGGGACAUGGGCGAGCACAGGGUCAUCUUACCCGACGACAUCAGAGACUUCAUCAACAACUUGAACAGACCUCCAGGCUCCUCCUACAUUCACUAUGCCGAAUCCUCCAUGAAGAAUGGCUUUGGACUCAAAUAUCUUCAUCGUUUCUUCAAUAUACCCUUCCUGCAGCUUCAGAGAGAAACUCUGUUACGGCAGCUGGAGACAAAUCAACUCGACAUCGAUGCCAUGUUGGAGGAGCUCAGCGUUCAGCAAGAGACGGAAGACCAGAACUAUGACAUAUUUCUGGAGAUGAUGGAGAACCGUAAAGCUUAUGGCUCUCCGGUGCCCUCUAAUGGCCAGAGCCCAUCCUCAGGCUCCCAGUCACCAGUGGUGCUGCCUGGAGCUGCCUCACCUAGUAACUCCAGCCCCAGUACCCCACAGGCCCCUCCUCCUGGCCCGACCCAGUCUGCACCUCCACCCCCUCCAUCUAUACCCCACCCUGCUGCCCAGACAACAGCCGCCCAUGUACCCCUUUCCCAGGCACCGUCGCAAACCCAGGAGCCUCCUGCACCGAUGCCUUCUACAGCUCAACCAGCACCUCCUCCUGCCCAGAAACGAGGAUUCAUGUCACGCCUGUUCGGAUCCGCUGCUGCAGAGACGUCAACAGACAAAUCAGACACUGUGGUUUCUGACAGCCCCAAUACUUCUGGAAACGUCGACAACUUUGUGCCAGAGGUCGGCUUGGACCGGGGCUUUCUGGAAGAUGGUGGAACAGCAGCAAAGUCGGCAGUUAAAUCAAAGAAGAAACCUACAGAAAGAGCUCAAAUCCUGGACAGUGACAGUGAUGCAGAGGGACGGGGAAAUCCUCUGGUUUCAGGUUUCCAGGAUGAUUUAGAUCCAGAUGACAGAGUGCUGUGUCAGCCGGCCGUUAAAGCUGCCGUCCCGAGCAUGGGCGUCACCCUCACAAGUGAUGAAGAGGAGGACGGUUCAUCUCUACCCUCAGCUUUCCAAAACAAAGACAUCAUACUGAACACAAAAGGAUCUUCAGUGAACUCGGUCAAACACCAGCAAUCAUGGUCAAAACCAGUUGAAAGACCCCAAAGCCUAGGAUCUGUGGUGCAGCGAAAAGGUCGGAAGACAGGCGGUGCUGUUGAGAUUGGAUCAGAUUCAGAUGAUCAUGAUGCUCCAGUCGCUCAACAGAUGCUGUCGUUUGUCAUGGAUGACCCAGACUUUGAAAGCGAAGAGCUGGAUAUACCCAAGAUCAAGAAGGAGGCCUAUUCAUCUCGCAAUGAAUUUGAUGGGUUUAAUGAUGGUUUCGUGUUAACUGGGCUUCAAGAGCCUCCCAUACCUGACGUCCCCUCUUUCAAGAAUGACAUUGACCUCUUUGGUCUUGGGUUUGAAGAUACGACUUGUAAGAGUAAAGACAGCAGCGACGACCCAGAUGACAAUGAGAGCAGGCACUCGAAGGACAAGAAGAAGAAGAAAAAGAAAAGCAAAGAGGAGGAUGAUAAAAGCAGCAAAAAACGACACAAACACAAGAAAAAGGAAAAAGAAGAAUCUGGAACAGGGGACGAGAAAGAAAAGAGGAAGAAGAAAUCAAAGAGCAAGAAAUCAGGACCUGUGGAUGAUCUAGAGGCCUUCCUGGCCGGGGAGGGGCCAGUAAACACUGAGGGCGGAGACUAUGAGGAACUAUAGAGCUACAUCUAACCAGUCAGGGUUUGACAUCAAACUGACUGUGUGCCGUCAUCAGGUCAUGGUCCGAUUCACUCCACAUCUGUUUUUCAGUGACUUACCUCUUGAUUUUUGACAACCGUGCGUUCUUCCAGCUUCACAUUUAGGUGGAGAUUUCUGGAGUUGGCACAUAGGUUUGCUUUAUGCCAGUUUUCAAAAUGAACAUCAGUAUUUUAGAUGGGUUGUUAUUUACAGACAGAUUUCACUUGCUGCUUAAGAUUCUCCAGAUUUGAUUCCGUUAUUAUCUCCCAAAUCAAUCACCUUACUCCGAAACCAAAAUGUGUCACAAACCCUUGAUGAGGUUGAACACAGUUUAGCUUUAUUAGUUUUGUGUGUCUGUUUGUGUCUUUAUCAGUUUACGUGUACGUACUGUAUGUGUUGCGUGUGUUUGCCUGCAUGUAAAUUUUCAUUUUGGAAAUGUGUAGAGCGGAUAUUCACACAAAUAUUGCACAAAUUAGGCCUCUUCAUAAGACUCGGUGUGACUCAGUUCUUUGUAAAAUCAUUCUUUAAUGUUAUUUGUUGUGUUUAAGGAAAUAAGAAUCGUUUGGUUUUCAAAAGGAAUAUUACGUUAAUGUUCAGUGCAACUAUUUAUGUCAGAAAGGGUUUACACGUAAAUAUGUUCAACUUUCAAGAACAACGUACGACCACUGAAUUUUCAUGUCUCACAAAUGAAGCCCAACGUUGCUUGACACUCACUGUCUUCCAGACAUUUCUGAAUGUCCUUGUACAUUAGGCUGUCAAAUGACUAUAUAUCAUAAUUGUAUUUCAUUUUGCUGUUUUCAGUUUGUUCAAAAAGGCCUUAUAUAUUUUAAUUGAAUUCAAACGAAAGCCUUUUGUCCGCUGACAUACUUCUUAUAGUUUUACUACAGGCUGAAUAAAAGCACUGCAGUAUUUGAAAUCGGAUAUUUUAUUUUGGAUAAUAAUUCCAUCUAGAAUUUAUUUACUUAUCAUUUAAAAAGCAGAAAGCAGUGUCAUUCAGAUUUUCAUUUUUAUUUAGGCAGAUAGUCAAAUUAUAAUUCACGACUAUUAUAAUUUCACAAACAAAAACGUUUUUUUAUUAAAAAUGUUAAAACAAAUGUUCAUAUUUAUAGUUUUUGAUAAAACAUUACAAAGAGUUGGUCAAUACAUCAGUUUUCUUGCUGUGUGUAGAUUUGUUGUGUGUAGAUCCUGUUUUACUAUAGAUGUGCACCAUCAGCAGAUCUUAUUCCUCAAUGACCUCCAGAUAAUUUAACGCAACACAACUGUGACUUUAAACUUGAUCACAGUUUUCUGUGUCUUUUAUGUAACGCCACGCUGCUUACAACUCUUCCAACAGUUAUACUGUACUCGGUGACCUAAAAGGAAAAAAAUUCAGUACACUUUAACAGAAUCGCAUAUUUUGAAUGAACGCGUUUCUACUUUGCAAUAGUUGUUAUCGCCACGAAUAUCGAAAAUAUCUUGAACUUCUGUGAUCCACACAUGUAUCGAUGAAUGAAAAUGAUCUAGAUUGUUUACUCUCGAUGGGACUCGAUUCAUGAAACACGCAGAUUUAAUUUGAAUGUAAAUUGUAUGGAAACAGUUCUAUAUUUUGUUCUACUCCCAUUUCAAAAAUGAGACCCAAUGUUUACUUGUAACACUGCAAGAAAGACUUUUUAUAUUUCAUCAAAUAACCAAAUCAAUUCAAUUGUUUUGCUUCGUCAUGAGUGAAAUGUGUUAUUUGAAAUGGUUUAAAUCUGAAAUAUGUUGUUUGUUUUCCUCUAUUAGGCAGUGCACAUUAUUGAGAUAAGAAUGUACUUUCUGCCUCCUAAGAGGAAGAUUUUAUGGAAGGGUGCUGUGAUAUAGAUCCCUUCAUCCUGGAAUCAUGGAAAAUGUUUGAACUUCUGAUUGUUUUGGCCCAAGUUUCCAUCCGGCCAUGGAUUUACUAUACAUUCCCUUAGGCAUGGAUACGCUUCCACCCUGACAACUGAAUGUCUAUACCCGCCCGUGAAGAUGUUAUUCCAGAAUCCUCAAGAGUGUGUUAACUUACCAGACCCCUAGAUUCAUUCCCACGUGUCUUCAUCGAUCAUCGCGUGCAUCCCCUCGUCGGAAAUCAAGAGUGCUGUCAUCCCCACACGCGCAGCAGAGAGUCUGUGAUGCGUCGCACCGUCGCUAUGGAAACACACGCCUGGGAGAAUUGUCUCUACACUCUCACUGUGAUAAAUAGUUACGCUCUCCUGGAUAAACAAGACUCGACUACUCCCACCCCAAACCAGCACAGGGCCACAUUCUCGAACACAUAUCAUCAUCUUUAUUGACUCCAAGGGGCCCUAGGUUUAUUUAUUUGAUCUCUGUACAAGAAAGGGAGACUGCAGCGAGCAUGUUGGUGCUGACUGGCUGUGGAACUGCAUGCAAUGACAACGAGUAUUACACAGCGUCUGGUUUUAUGGACCUCUUUAGAUUUACUGAAAAAGUGUUUGUAGGAACGCUACUUUUAAACCUUACUGUUUGUUUUUUAAUUAUCCAGCAUAUACAUUCCAAAGCCUUUGUGUUUUAGCCAUUCAUGGUUGUGGAAAAGGUUGCCUAUUUAUUUUUUGUUGCCCUGUUUCACUACCCAGUUUUUUUAUGUUUCAUUUAUGUGUUUCAAUUGUGUAAUAAAUGCAAGAAAAUUUGACAAGGGUUGAAAAAAGA